AUGGAAAUUCAAGAUAAAUGUUUUGAAUAUUUGCGAUCGGUUAAUCCGAUUGCUCAAAAAAUCGCUGAAGAUAUUGAUAAUAUUAAAAAUAAAAACAAAACUCAGUGGAAUACUUUAGAUAAUAAAGCUAAGGAAACAAUUAUUGAUAAUGCUCUUAUUGAGAAAAGCUUGGUUGAAAAGUAUGAAGGCAAUUUUGAAGAAGAUUUUGAAGAUUAUGGACCCAUUUCGAACUUCUCAUGGUUUACUCGCAGCCAGUUGAACCUUUUUACCCAUAUCAAUGUCAAACCAGAUAAAAACAAAACUCCUAUGAAGAAAGCUGAUGUUUUAAGCCCUUUAAGGAAAACAAAAAAUAUAGCCCCUAAACCAUCAGAAAAUACAAGUAAGCAUGUAAAAAAUAAGGGUUCGAGAGAUGACAAACCUGAAAAGAUAUGCUCAAAAGGUUUGGCUAAACCAAAAACACCACCUCCUCCACCUCCAGCAAAGCUAUCAGUUGUAGAACAGAAAGGUCUAUUAGAAGAUGGUCAACAGGGAGAUGAUAUCCCUAAAACUGGUUUUGACUUUUUAGAUAAUUGGUAA